AAAAACCCAAAAAUAUUAUAACUUUCAAAAUGAGCUGGACAUCCAACAUAUUGCUUAGCCUCAACCUAUAAAACCCAAACCCCAUUAUAAUUCUUCACCUUUUUGAACAAGAUUCAUAUUCUUUAUUCCCACAAUUACCCCAUUUCUUCACUGAUUUCUUUUUUGAUUUUGAACUUCAAUCAAUUCUCACAAUUGUGGAUUAGUCUUUAAUAAAAUAAUGCAAAAGGGUUAAAAGCAUUCUCCAUAUUAUUCUUUAUCCUGAAUUCUAUACCCUUUUUCAUCCUGUUUUUCUUGAAGUUCCUGAAUUUGUACCUACUUUCAUCCAAUUUUUAUAAAAGAACAAGAAAAUUGAGCACACCCAUUUGAGCAGCUACUGUGAUUUUGUAGAGAGAAAGAAAUGGUGGUCAGAAAAGUGGGAAAGUAUGAAAUUGGAAGAACAAUUGGUCAAGGAACUUAUGCGAAGGUGAAGUUUGCUCAAAAUAUAGAAACUGGUGAGAGUGUUGCCUUGAAGGUUCUUGAUAGAAGUACAAUUUGCAGUAAAAAAAUGGUUGAGCAGAUCAAAAGGGAGAUAACCAUAUUGAAGACUGUCAGGCAUCCACAUGUUGUUCGUUUAUAUGAGGUCUUAGCAAGCCGCACCAAGAUCUAUAUCAUAUUGGAAUAUAUCACGGGUGGUGAAUUGUUUGAUAAAAUAGCUAAACGUCGACGAAUGAGUGAGGUUCAAGCUCGCAAAUAUUUCCAACAGUUGAUUGAUGGUAUAGACUUUUGUCAUAGCAAAGGGGUUUAUCAUAGAGAUCUGAAGCCGGAAAAUCUUCUCCUAGAUUCCCAAGGAAACUUGAAAAUUUCUGAUUUUGGACUAAGUGCACAACCCCCAGAGGGUGUUACUAUCCUCAAGACUACAUGUGGGACUCCUAACUAUGUGGCACCAGAGGUUCUCAGUCACAGGGGUUACGAUGGCGCUCUGGCGGAUAUUUGGUCCUGUGGGGUCAUUCUCUAUGUCUUGCUGGCGGGUUAUCUCCCAUUUGAUGAUCUUGAUCUCACAACAUUAUACAGCAAGAUUGAGGGUGGUGACUACUCAAUUCCCUCCUGGUUCUCCGUGGGAGCUAAGUCUUUAAUCAAGCGUAUAUUAGACCCAAAUCCUCAAACUCGCAUCCGAACGGAAGACAUCAAAAAUGAUGAAUGGUUCAAGAAAGGGUAUGAUCCAGUUAAGUUCAUUGAGUAUGAAGAAGUCAACCUUGAUGACAUAAAUGCCGUAUUCGAUGCAACUGAGGAUCUGGGAAAUGAUAAUGCCGGACCAUUGAUUCUCAAUGCGUUUGACCUAAUCAUUCUAUCACAAGGAUUAAACCUCCAGACCUUGUUUGAUAAAGGCAAGGAUUCAGUAAAACAUCAAACACGGUUCGUUUCAGAGAAGCCAGCAAAAGUUGUCUUAUCGACUAUGGAAGUAAUUGCACAAUCAAUGGGUUAUAAGACACAUAUUCGGAAUUAUAAGAUGAGGAUAGAAGCUCUUUCAGCAAAUAAGGCUGAAAAUGUUACAGCAAUUCUUGAAGUUUUCGAAGUGACACCUACAUUUAUGUUGGUGGAUAUUCAAAAAGCUGCUGGUGAUGUUGAUGAAUAUUUCAAUUUUUACAAAAAGUUUUGUGAAAAUCUUGAUGACAUAAUUUGGAAGCCUCCUGGUGAGUCGGGAACAUCAAGAAUCGGGAAGAGCAAGAGUCGAAAGCGUCAAUAGCAUUUGGUUAACUCCAGAAUGAGUAGAAUGCACUCUGCUUGUUUUCUAUGUACGUUCAUCUACAUAAAUUCCCACUGAUGCGUUGCCAAGUAAUUAGAAACUAAACAAAGGAUUUCUGAAUGAUGUUCAUAUUUGGAAAAGUCUCCUUAGUCAAAAACUUACGUUUUCUUAGAUUGAUGAGAAAAAGUCUCCUUAGUCAAUGUAAUCAUGUGUUUGUACAUCUCUCGCUCUUUCUCUUUUAUUUGAAAGGCGAACUCAUAAUACAUGCAAGACUUAUGAAUAUUGUGAAUGGUAACAUUUAGUUUUGGCCAAAUGUUGGCAGAAUUUACUAGCAA